AAGAGGAUGGGGAAUUCAUCUUCCUCAUCGUCAACUUCCAUGCAACCUCCCGCUUCGAGUGCGUCGUCAGCAAGCGCCACAACGAUCCCGCAUCAGAAUUCGAAAAAGUCCCGGACCUCCAUGGACUGGUCAAAGGCAGGCCAUGGACAGAGCGCCCAAGGAACAGGCCUCGUUCUGGGGUUAGCACAGAACGGGCAGGGGCAGGUCACGGCAGCUGCGAGUGGAAGAGGGAAAAUGUCUUUAUUAGAGGAACAGCAAAUGCAACGUCAUGAAGAGCUGUUUAGCUCCCUUAAAGAUGAACUUGGUCUAAAAGGGGACUCGAGCCCUUCUUCCUCUUCUUCGUCCUCCUCUUCCUCAUCUUCUUCUGGGAGAAGGCACUCUUCACAUCCGUCCAAAGCCCUUCCGCUCCCAGAUGGUGGCAAUUUUCGAUCUUCCACCAUGGACGGUGGCCAUUUUAAGUCUUCCACUAACACAGAAAAUGGGGGACAUUUUAAAUCCUCCCCGUUGGAAAAUGAGACCGGUUGUCACCUCUCUACAUCCUCCUCUCCGCUGGCUUCCACAUCAGUUCUGACAACGCCCACUCCUGGUCUAACCACUCCCACAUCCGGACUGACCACGCCCACCUUCCCACCUGGUAGCCUAUCGGGGAAGCCCAUCGCAGUCCAGCAGAAGCCCACAGCGUAUGUCCGACCAAUGGAUGGCCAGGACCAGGCGCCCAGUGACUCGCCCCAGCUUAAACCCCCCUUAGUGGCCACAGAGGGAUUUAACAACAGUCAGUCUUACGGAGGAAACUCUGGGAAUGCGAAGAAUAAACUGCCAAAACUGAGUCUCAGCCACGCAGGGGAGGUCAGCCUACCAAAUGACUCCAGCUGUGUUGAAGAGAUCUUGCGGGAGAUGACCCAUUCCUGGCCGCCUCCUCUCACAGCCAUACACACUCCCGGGAAGGCUGAUCAGACCAAGUUCCCCAUCCCGUCUAAGGAGUCACAGCAUGUGACCUCAGGCUACAACACCCAGAAGCGAUGUACUGUAUCAGCUAACAAGCCUGCUGCGAAACCACCAACUGCACCACAGAAGUCAAUGUUGGAGGAUGAUCUGAAGAUCAGCAGCGAUGAGGAAGAGGCCGAACAGCAGGUGUCUGACAAGCCCAAAGCCAGAGGCACAGCCCUAAGUGGAGCAUCGGGGAGCAGCAGCGAAUCAGAGAGCAGCUCAGAGUCGGACACAGACGAAUCAGAGAGCAGCUCCAGCGACAGCGAGUACAAUCGGGCCUCCCGCACACACACUCCAGAGCCUGAGCCCCCCUCUGCCAACAAGUGGCAGCUGGACAGCUGGUUGAACAAGGUCCAAGCUCAAACCAAACCCCUGGUUCCCCCACAGAAAGAACAUGGCACAGGCUCCGUUACCCAGGGUCCGGGGACUUUCUCUCCAGGGAAUGGAGCACCAGGAGUGGGUGCGGCCGCCAAGACCAAGCCCUGCGGAUCCAGCAGCACCCCUGUUCCAGCUGCACCAACGGUGGAACACAAGGAUACAAGGGGAGCCUUCUGCCCAGGCAGAGAGAAGGCCAAGGCCAAGCUCAGCCAGAAGGCCUCGGGGGAGGGCCAGAGGCCAAAGAUGAGGAUGUCACCGGGCCUGUUGUCAGGGCCAGAGGUCCCGACCCCGAGGAGGAUCACCACGGGGAAAAAACAGCCCAGACGGACGGAGAGGUCCAACAGUGUGGAGGAUAAUCCGAGCCAGACAUGGAGCAGAACGAAUCAGCAUAGCCCUGCAGCUAGGGAGAAGGACCUGUUGCCUCCCCCCCCCUCCGUGGAGCUUCAAAACCCCCUGAGGCCACGAAGCAAACCCCCCAGUGGGAAGACCGCCCCCAGGAAAGAACCUCGCAGUGCCACCAACUCAAACAGCAACACAGUGACUCCACCAGCGGCUCUACAGCAAACCCCCGUGCCAAUACCUGCUGUCACUGUAAACCAGGACAAGAGGAAACACAGAGGUCCAAGCACCAAAAUCACACCCAAGUCCCGGGAAUUCAUCGAAACCGAUUCCUCGUCCUCUGAAUGCCAUUCGGAUGCGGAGGAAGCCGUCAAAAACCCCACUCUGCCACCCCAGGCGACGCGCUCUGCGAUGAACACACAGACUCUGUCCAACACGCACGUGCACGCGCCUCUUCUCCCGUGCCUCGGCUCUGCUGUCAGCGUGGGGAGCCUGGGGAUAUUCGGAGGGAAGGGACUUCGAGUCAAAGACGGUAGCAGUGUGACCACUAAUGGUAGCAGCGGUAGUAACAGUAGCAUCAGCGCUGGGACUAACGGCAGCAGUAGUAGCUGUAACUCGCUAAGCAUUAGCAACAUAAGUGGUUCGUUUGGCACUUCUGUUCCUGAUCCUGGAGGGUUAGCAGGACAGUCCAAAGACCCGGAGUCCAUGUCCCCGCCUUCCAACAUCGGACACGAGGUGCCUCUGUCCCCCUUGAGGGAAUACCAAGGGAUCCAGAGUUUAUGGGUGAAAAUUGACCUGAGUUUGCUCGGCAGGGUGCCUGGCCAGGGUUCGGGGGAAAGGUCCAUGGUGGGAAUGGCAGAAAGGGACGGAAGUGAAGGGAGGGACAGAGACAGAGAGCGACAAGGGGAGAGGGAGAGGAUAGGGGUGGCCGAGAGAGAAAGACAGAAGCAGGCUGAGAGAGAGUGGCCCGGGCUGAGAGAGAGGCAGAAGUUACCUAAGGGGGAGAAACAGGAAGAGGAAAAUGAGCGAUUAGUGCAGGACAGAGAGAGGCAAGGUGACAGAGACAGAUUAGCAGAGAGAGAGAGGCAGAUGGACAGAGAGGACAGAGAAAGAUUGGGGCUUGGGGAGAGGGAGAGGGAGAGGACGACGGGGAAGGACAGAGAGAAGGUAUGCCAAGGUGUGGGGGUCCUGGACAACCCCCCUGUACAAGAGCAGAGUAAUCCCAGGCUGGCAGGGAGGAUGGAGAGAGGAGAGAACGGAGGCAAACACAGGAGGCAGGCAGCUGGAAACAUGGUGGUCCCAACAGAGAAACACACCAGCAAGAGCAAGAGGAAACACAAGUCGGACCACAGCGAGUCAUCGGUCAACGGCAAUAAGAAGCUGCGAUUGGACAAAGACUGUCUGCUCCUCCCACCCUGCAUCUCUCCAAUACACAACCACAAGAACAGCUCCACAGAGGGCAUUGUGGUUAGGGAGAAGGACUUCAUCUCCCAAUCUUCCCCCAAGAAGUGGCAUGUCACCCCCAGUAGCUCCCUAAACAGGAAGCAGUCUCGACGGCGCGAUGACAAGCUGCUCCCCCCGCUCCUGUCCCCCCUCUCUGACGAUCCACCUCGUAAACGAACCUGUGACAGCAGUUCCUCUCUCAGCCAGCACGCCGCCACCGGGAUGCUUCCUUGCUCGGCCUCUUCCUCUUCCACUUCCUCUUCCUCACACAGACACAGGAGAGGGGAAGGCAAGGCGUCAUCACGUGCAAGAAACGGCAGUGAAGUGGAUACCCACGGCGAGAAGCCCUGCGGAGAUGGUUACCAUGCCAACGGACAGUCAGAUUCAGAGGCGUGGUCGGAACCUGCCGAACCUCGCAGGCCAAGACUCUCAUUUAGCGACACAGUCCACAGUGCAGACUACUACAUGCAGGAGGCCAAGAGACUGAAGCACAAGGCUGACGCUUUGAUGGACAAAUUUGGGAAAGCGGUGAACUACGCCGACGGCGCCCUCUCCUUCAUAGAGUGUGGAAAUGCUAUGGAGCGAGAUCCGCUGGAGGCCAAAUCACCGUAUACCAUGUACUCUGAGACUGUGGAGCUAAUCAGGUAUGCCAUGAGGUUGAAGAACUUCACCAGCCAUUCAGCCUCCAUCGCUGAGAAGAAGCUCGCUGUGUUGUGUAACCGCUGUCUGUCUCUGCUGUAUCUGAGGAUGUUCCAUUUGAAGAAAGACCACGCUGUCAAGUACUCGCGGUCGCUCAUGGAAUACUUCAAGAAUUCAGCCAAGAGUUCCCACCAAGCACCCUCUCCCUGGAGGACCAAUGGGAAGGUCAAUGGGACUCCAUCCCCCCUCUCACUCUGCCCCUCCCCAGCCAGCAGCGGCGGUGGAGGAGGAGGAUCUGGAGGCACCCUGGGCUCGUCAGGAAGUGUGGCUAUUCCCCAACGGAUUCACCACAUGGCCGCCAGUCACGUUAACAUCACCAACAACAUCCUGCGGAGCUAUGAACACUGGGAGACGGCUGACAGACUGGCCACUGACAGCAAAGAGUUCUUCCAGGAGCUGGACUCGGCAAUGGAGCCGUUGAGUCAGCAGAGCAGCAUGACAGAGCUGGUCCGACACAUCAGGCAGGGACUGCACUGGCUCCGCUUAGAGGCUCACCUGCUGUAAGGACUGGACCAGAGCCAAAAUAUAAAAAAAAAAGAAAAGAAAAAGAAAUGGGCCUGGGAGGUAGAACUGGCUUAACAAGUGAGAUAAGACUCCUGACGAUGCUUCAGAUCCCACUGGGAUCCUUCAAAUGACCCGACACCACCCAUAAUCAUGUAACGGCAUAGAUUGGGUGGAUUAAUUGGCCUGAAAUUCACCUGCAAUUAGGACUGAACAGUAAUUAAGUUUGGGAAUUUUAACUGUGAAUCACCGAAUACAAAUGAGCACAUUAAAAAGUUGGCUGAUGCUGCUUUUUGGAGCAACUGAAUAUCAGCGCAGGUAGCUUAAAUUCCUAAAGCGACAAUAGAUGUUACAAGCCUCCCUGUGUCCCUGAAUAGAAAUAGGAAGCAGAGACGAAAGGUAAAAAAAAACCCCGACAAGGUAUAUUUUCAAAAAUAUAUGCUAGAGGCUGAUCUGAUUAAGGAGGCCGAAAGCAAGGAAGGAGCUCGACAGAGGCUCAUCUGCUCCAGCAGUGGCCUAGAAACUUGUCUGUGAUUGGGACUAGAAUUAAAGCCUCCGGCUGAUAUUGAUCCAAGUGGAGUACAGGUCCAAUCAAUUAGAUAAGGGCCACGCCGGUAAAGGAAGGAGGCUCAGCUACCACUAGAGCUGAAUCAAUGGAGGCUGACGUUUCAGUCAGAAGCUAAAAGCUGCUGAACCUGAGCCUCUGUUUUGUAUUCUAUUAGUAAUUUAAAAACACAUAGUAAUCAGCCACAGGGAUACAAAAUGGCUUCUGAAGAGUGACUUCUGAAAAGUCAGACAAUGUGGUUAACAGGUCUGUUCAAUUUUUCAUUUUUAAAAUUAUAAUCCUUAAGACUUUCAUCAUAUGAAACUCAAUUUUUGAUUUUAGUUAUGGCUGCCAUUCAUUCUGCUAUGGCCAUUGAAUGCACUCGUUAGUAACCGUCCAUUAAGUAGUUUCAGUUGUCAGUGGCGGAGUCCGCCAUUCCUGCACUGGAUUUGAAUGGCGUACACAUGCGGUAGGGAUUCACAGGAAAUGCACAGGAUAAAAUUUAGAAGACCAAAGAUGGUGCUUGCAUAAAAAAGCAGAGCAGCUGGUCGUGGGCAUUUUAAAGAGGAAAUUUUAUAAAAGUAACUGUGUGCACAUCCCACCUUCUGGCAGGUGCAGGACAAAUGAAAGUACUUAAAACAAAAAACAAAUGUAACGUCCGCGACACUGCUUUAA